UUAAUUAAUCACUCUUCUUUCUCUUUAUAAACUAAAAACUAUUUCUCGAUCUGACCGCCCGACAUCAUGGCUAAGAUCGCCGUCGGAAGUGCCCGUGAAGCGACUCAGGUGGACUGUAUCCACGCCCUAAUAGUCGAGUUCAUCUGUACUUUCCUAUUCGUCUUUGCCGGAGUCGGUUCCGCCAUGGCAGCCGAUAAGCUAGGGGCUGGAUCUUCUUUGACGGGUCUGUUCUUUGUGGCGAUGGCACAUACGUUUGUGGUGGCGGUGAUGAUUUCCGCCGGAAUGAGAAUCUCCGGCGGCCAUCUUAAUCCGGCGGUCACUCUCGGCCUUUUAUUUGGAGGUCAUAUCACGGUUGUUAGAAGUUUACUUUAUUUUAUCGAUCAGUUGCUCGCUUCUUCCGCAGCUUGUGCCCUUCUCUAUUAUCUAACUGGACUGACAACUCCAGUGCAUACUUUGACAAGUGGGAUGGACUCCAUUCAAGGACUAAUCAUGGAGAUAAUUUUGACAUUCUCACUGUUAUUCACAGUCUAUGCCACAAUUGUGGAUCCCAAAAAGGGCUUCCUUGAUGGGCUCGGCCCACUUCUAACUGGGCUCGUUGUCGGUGCUAAUAUCAUGGUUGGCGGACCUUUCUCCGGGGCUUCUAUGAACCCCGCGAGAUCUUUUGGGCCCGCUUUGGUAAGCGGAAACUGGACCGAUCAUUGGGUUUAUUGGGUUGGACCUCUCAUCGGUGGUGGACUUGCUGGAUUCAUUUACGAGAAUUUCUUCAUAAUUAGGACUCAUGUCGCUCUUUCAAGAAAUGAUGAAAUUUAAUCGAUCUACUUUGGUUGAGAAGAAUAUUCAAAGCCUCUAAGACAAGUUAGGGUAUAGACUCAAUUGAGUCUUUAUCUUUUUAAUUUGUGUUGGUAACUUGUUUCUUAUUAAGGUGGUUGCUAAUCAACUUUUCGUAUUCAUGUACUUUUCGAGAUUACUUAAUAAAUAAUUAAUAGUGAUUUUCAAAUGAA